AUGGUGUCAGCGGGCUGUGCUCGAUGCAAGCAAAGGCGUGUCAAAUGCGACGAGACAGUACCCAAUUGUUUAAAUUGCCUCCGAGGUGGCGCCAAUUGCCCGGGGUACCGCAGGUCGGUCAAGUGGUCAGGAAAGCACGAGGUUCUCCGAAGUGGAAUUCAGCGUUCGGCGGCGGGAGAUAGCAUGGAACCCUUCUGGAACGUUUUCGAAGAGGGAGCUUUACGACUUCAUGCUGUAUUGGUUGCUGAGGCCGCGUCUAUGCCUCGCGAGGCGGUAUCCUCGUCGCCGAGGAGCAUUGUGAGCGAGCCUGUAGGGACCAUAUUAGGUCAAGAGCAUGAUCUAUUUGGAACAGGACUUUCUGAGAUGAAUGCACCGCCGGAAUUCCUGCCAGAUGCUGACAAUAUGGGUUGGCUGGGAUGGGUAGGCGAGCAGUCUGGUGCUGAGUUCCUCAUGACGACAUCUCCUGGCCAUGUCCCUGACCCAACCGACUACACACAAUCUUUCGAUAUCGACAUUAGGAUCUGUGAACCAAACCCCGAAAAUGAGCUGAGACAUGAGAUCAAUCCAACGUGCCACUCGCUAUCAUCGAUCAACUCACGAGAAGAUAGCCUAGUCAGGUAUUAUUUUUCUCUGGUCUGCGUUAUAAACUCCGGUUUCGACUCGCCUCAGAAUCCCUUCCGCAUGGUACUAGCCGACAUGAUCUGGACUCAUCCCCUGAUACUAAACUGCAUGCUUUCUAUGUCCGCUGCUCAUCUCUAUCAGCGACAGAAUGUCUCGUCAACAGAGGCACUCCAGCAUCGCACGACAGCGAUAUCUGUCCUAUCUUCAGAAAUUUCGGAGCCAUCGAGUAAGAAUCCAUCUGGGUAUGAAUCGCGCUUGAUAAUUGCUCUAUUGGGCACCAUAUUGCUUGGAACAACCUCUUCAUGGCAUGAUGCCUCGUCGACCGACACGUCGUUUCUUUUCGGGGCACGUGCUCUAUUAAAAGAAUUGACACUGAAUUACGAUUCUGCAUUUGAGCACUAUUUCACUACAGAUCGAUGUCGUUCCUCUCCAACAGUCAGGUUUAUGAUCGGAAUUGUAGCAUAUUGGGAAGCUAUAUCCUCUUUCCACAUCGAUCAAGAGCCAUCGGCAGUUGAAUAUCUUUUUCCAUUGUGUGAUUGGGUAGAAUCUCAAGGCUCACAACCACAUCCGUGGACGGGCAUCAGUACUCCAUUAUUUGUGUACAUGGCCCAGGCAGGAUCUAUCACUCGCCAAGAACGCCUGGUGCAUCGCAUUCGCACGGAAUCAUCUUCAGACGAUACCAAACGAACAUUCAGAGCUACGCUUUUGAGGAGCGCAAGGCGUGUCAUCGACAAUGUCCGGCAGUAUAAGACACCACCUGCCGAGCAGUUCGAAGAAACGUGUGACACCCAGACGCCGAUGCACCAUUUUCAGACCAUUGCCCAGGUAUAUCAGCUCUCUAUUAUUCUGGAAUUAUUUCGAGUAUUUCCCGAAUUAGUGGGCGAUGGAAAAAAUAUUUUAUAUGACGCGGGAGGCAUACCAAUCGCCGGAUCUACUACGGAAUCAGCAAGCCAAAGGUUUGGGGUGAUGGUCAGUCUUGCGACUAAUAUUUUGACUCUUUUAUCUUCAUUACCUGAAUCCUCGGGCACAAGAGCCAUUCAAUUACCCGCUCUUAUAAUUUCUGGUAGCGCUUUGCAGUAUCUUACCGAAGAGAAUACGAGCAUUCUUCCGGAAACAGGAAACGCAUAUCAGGGUGUCGCCUCCUUAUUCAGCAGGAAAGCUGUUGUUUUGCACUGGAGAACCGUGGUAAUCGAUAGACUGAAGAUGUUAGACCGCUACGUUGGACUGGACCCGGUAGAUCGCGGAAUAAAGAUUAUGGAGCAUGUAUGGCUAAAAGCUGAUAUGUUGGCCGAGCGGAAGCAACGGAGCACGGUUCAGGACAUCACCAUGGUUCACUGGGUGGAUGUUAUGUGGGAUAUGAAAUUAGAAACUAUGCUUGGAUAA